UCACAGUGGGCAAGAGCCAGAAGGGACUCCGAGAAGAAUGCGCGUCUCGGGGCUUUCGGUUUGGGAUUUGAUUGGGGAGAAGAAGCGUUGCGCACGGCUUUCCGGCACAGUGGGGCGGAUGAAAAGGUUGUUUAUGAAACUCCGGUGUGCGCGCUGUGGGGCGGGAAUUCGAGAUUGAAAAGUGAAGACAAAGAGAGAGAGAGAGGGAGAGAAGGAGAGAGAGAGGGAGGGAGGACACGCACAAGGAGCGGCGGUGCGCCGGCGAGCAGCUCAGCGGAGCUCGUAGGAGGAGGCGCGGCUUCCCCUGCACCUCCAAACCCAGCACAUGUAUGGACGACCACCUCAGCCUCCUUCACUCGCCUCCGCCGUCUUACACGAAGCAGAGGAAAAGCACCAACAUCGUGAACCCGGGCUAUACGGAGACUGAGCACGACAUCAUGACAGUGGUCGCCUGUGACAACAUUCUGGAGGAGACGGCGGCGCUGCCCGGGCAUCACUCUUUGGAUCGCUACGAGCCCGACCAUGAGUGCUGCGAGCGGGUGGUCAUUAACAUCUCCGGACUGCGCUUUGAAACUCAGCUCAAGACUUUAGCUCAGUUCCCAGAGACGUUGUUGGGUGACCCUAAAAAGAGGAUGCGCUACUUUGACCCCCUGCGUAACGAGUACUUUUUUGACAGAAACAGACCCAGCUUUGAUGCCAUCCUUUAUUACUAUCAGUCCGGGGGGCGCAUCAGGAGACCCGUUAACGUCCCCAUUGACAUCUUCUCCGAAGAAAUCCGAUUUUAUGAACUUGGAGAGGAAGCCAUGGAGAAAUUCCGGGAAGACGAAGGCUUUAUCAAAGAAGAGGAGCGUCCUUUGCCCACUAAUGAGUUUCAGAGACAAGUGUGGCUACUGUUUGAGUAUCCCGAGAGCUCCGGGCCAGCUCGGGGCAUCGCAAUUGUCUCCGUUUUGGUCAUUCUAAUCUCCAUUGUUAUAUUUUGCCUGGAAACCUUGCCCGAGUUUAGGGACGAUAAGGAGUACCCCAGCCCCAUAGCACCUGUUAUAAACGGAACAAAUCCUUACCUGUCCAACAGUUUUACAGAUCCUUUUUUCGUGGUAGAGACGCUUUGCAUCAUCUGGUUUUCUUUCGAACUGCUCGUGAGAUUCUUCGCUUGCCCUAGCAAAGCCACGUUUUCCAAAAAUAUCAUGAACAUCAUAGACAUUGUGGCCAUCAUUCCAUACUUCAUUACCCUAGGGACUGAGCUGGCCGAAAGGCAGGGCAACGGUCAGCAGGCCAUGUCUUUGGCAAUUCUGCGAGUCAUCAGGCUGGUGAGAGUUUUCCGGAUCUUUAAACUCUCCCGGCACUCGAAAGGGCUCCAGAUUUUGGGACAGACUCUGAAAGCCAGCAUGAGGGAACUGGGGUUGUUGAUUUUCUUCCUUUUUAUUGGGGUCAUCCUUUUCUCUAGCGCCGUCUAUUUUGCCGAAGCCGACGACCCCACCUCUGGCUUUAACAGCAUCCCCGAUGCCUUCUGGUGGGCAGUGGUCACCAUGACGACGGUUGGCUAUGGAGACAUGCACCCCGUCACGAUAGGUGGCAAAAUUGUCGGGUCACUGUGUGCAAUCGCUGGUGUGCUCACCAUCGCCCUUCCAGUGCCUGUCAUUGUAUCCAAUUUUAACUACUUUUACCACCGGGAGACGGAGGGAGAGGAGCAGGCGCAGUACCUGCACGUCGGCAGCUGCCAGCACCUGUCGUCCACCGAAGAGCUGAAGAAAGCGCGCAGCUCGUCCUCUUUGAGCAAAUCCGAGUACAUGGUGGUGGAGGAAGGCAUCAACAGUGCUUUCAAGUCGUCCAACUUUAAAAACAGCAACUGCACACCAAACAGUCAAAACUAUGUGAACAUCAAAAAGAUAUUCACUGACGUUUAAAAGGGGCAAAUGGCAGUGUUCAUCACACUCUAAGCCACUACUAAUAAUCGUGACGUGUCAGUGCAAUUAUGUUGUGUGGAGGCGACGCCAUACCGUACCGUAGGUAAAACUAAGUGUGUCCUGUCCCAGUGAGUUCAACUCCAUUCGCUGUAGAGCCAAACAUUUUACGGUUGUUUUGCUACUUCGUUAACGAGAUCCAUGUUCUGCCUUCUUAUCCUGAAAAGCGGCACAAAUCACAGUAGGCUACUAAUAAGGCCGGCUGGGUGACAUUUAUAUAUACCAAUUUCUAUAUACUUACAGAUAUGUACAUGGAUAGAUUUAUAUUUUUUUGUAUUCCCGUUUUUUCUUUCUUUUUGCCAAGUCGAUUUAGGUGAUUGUAUUCUUUUAGUGAUAAUUCUCAACGUAAAGUGGGCAUUUAUUUAUCGAGUCUGUAUUUCAAGUGAAAGGCGUCAAUGCAACAGUUUAGAAAGCAAAAGAAAAACGCGACAUAUAAGAUAGGCUGCCAGCGUAUUUCACCUCCACUCACUGACAUUUGUUCAUGAAGGGUACAAGUCUGUCCAAUCCUUAUCGCGUUGUGCGCACAACUGGAAAAUUACGUGUAUGUGGUAAUAAAACUUACAGUCUAAUGUAGUCGUCGACUUAGCGUCCUGUAUGUGUAAAGGUCUCAAUGAAAACGUUAAAAUUUAGACAGUAAUAAUCAAAUAUAUAUAAAUAUAUAUAUAUAUGCGUCGCGAUAUGUUUAUUUUUUUUACAUGCACAUUAAAAUCCCCACGCAUAUGUAAUUGUUGAAUUGUUGCCUCAAGAUGCAUUUGUUCACGUAAAAAGAAUGUAUAUUGUAAGUCCCUCCACUCGCUGCUUAAAUCUACUUGUAGAUGAUCAGACUGGGCAAAUGGGAAAAGCGCCUUCGAUUGCUUUUGUGAGUGACCUGAGCAAGUAUUCAAGAAUUGCUACGAGCGAGCAGCGGACGUCUCAAGAAUGAAGAUGACUGAAGCCACACGCCUUCUAGCGGAUACCACUAAUUUUGCUUGGAGUGAUGCAGUCGCUAUAGCAACCAAAGUUUCCUGGGUAACUCCCCCCUCCUCUUUUCGUCCUCAUGUUGCCAUGGCAUCUAUUUCUGUUUCCACAGCAACCUUCCAGAUGGUUCCGAAGGCUGCAAAAAAAAAAAAAGGCUGCUGAAAUGAUAAAACGCACAGUGAAAUCUUAAGUCUCCACAGGCAACAAUGAGAAAUGAAUGCAACUGUAUUUGGCAGGAUACACGGGCAUACCAAUCAUCUAUAUAAGGGUGUUACAAGUGCUCAGUUUUAAGUUACCCUAUCAAACCAGCUUGUGAAAUUAAAGUUGGAAGAAAAACAGGAACAAAAAAUCAAAUCAGAUAUUAAAGAGUAAGCCCAAGAAAAACAGCAAGCCAUUAAGAAAAGUUUCACAAUACCCAACAGCAGAUUCCAAACUGUUACAAUGAAAUUGAUUCUGAUAAUAAAACUAAAGAAACGGGAUAUGCCCUUCAUUACAAGAUAUGAUAAUGCCACAGAAGGAAACAAUGUGACUGAAGCCAUUUGCCAAAGCACAAAAUGAACAGUGAGGCUCGAUAAGAAAUGAUGGAAAUAAGCUGGCUGCUUUACACCAAUAAAUCACCAGAGGCUGCCCUUCUCCGUCAGAUAUCAAAGCAUGAGAUCUGAUUUUGAGCCCAACAUUUAUGCAAUCAACACUUUGUUCAGUGAGAAAUCCUACUGAUAGAGGUUUUGGAAAGGGGUAGAUGUAAUGUUGAACCACCUGGCUUUCAACGUCAUGCUCUAUUGCAGACAUUUACCCCCCUGUCACCAUUCUAAAAAAAAUAAUAACUUCUUCCAACUUGGCAGCUGGAGAAAAGCAGGAUACAUCCUAGAUAAUAUCAGCCGUGGCAGCACAUCUCAUGGUGCCUGUUAUAGACAUUGAGAAGUGAAACCGGCCACCACCACACUAAAACUGUUGAGCCUAUGAGAACUUGAGAGCCAACAUCACUGGAACAAUGACAAGAGAUGCUGUGGUGUUGGGUGUCACAUCAGCACCACUCUGUCAGUCUUUGCAGGUCUGAACUUGUGAAAGCUCUUUAGCGCUCUUUGAAGGAUGACAAAGUUCAUUAGGCACAGGGCCUUCAUCUAUGGUUGUAACUGCAACACUUCCUGAUCAAAUAUGUACCAAAUGUGAAUAUUUUUGGUUAAAUGUAUUUAUUUGUUUAGAAUUGUAUGUAUGUAUGUAUUUAUUAUUUACUUUAUAAUUGUUUGUAUGUAAGUAUUUAUUUAUUUAUUUUGUGUUUAUUUAUUUCAUUCAUUCUUUUCUAAUUUUCUCUUUUCUUUUUGAGAAGCUGGAAUGAUGCAUUGGCUACCAGUCUUCUCACUCGACUAACAGCGGGGUAUUUGAGCAAAAGCCGCAUUUUGAGCAUAUCUGUAAUAUACCAUGACUGUUCUGUACAGAAUCAAAGUACUCUUUGAGUUGUGCAUCCUCUGAAGAGGCCUACUGGGACAAAGCAAUAGCCCUAACCCAGUAGCCAAGCUCUGCUGUAAAUGUAGACAGAAAAUAUGCCGAGAACCUCAAGCUAAGAAGAAAAAAAAAAAGGGUUGCCUUCUGUAAAUCUUUGUCAUGCAUUCAUUCAUCCUGAUUAUUUUAUAUCUAUUUUCUAUUGUUGAAGAUAUAAGAUUUUAUUGUUAAACUCCAAACAGGUUGGAGUUCUGAUUGGAAGCUUUAUUUUUUAUUUAUUUUUUUUUAAAGGGACGCUAGGGAAAGUGUGAAUAAUGAAAAUACAUUCAGAUCACUAAAGAUGCCUUUUGCCAAAUAUC